GAGUCAGUGACAGAGCCACAGAUGGGACCCAGGAGUCCUGAAUCCAGUGCUCUGUUUGUUCUUGCUGCUAGAGCACACCUCCUUCCAGAACUGGGAGCAGAACCCAGGAGAUCGGGUGCCCCUCCCCCAGCUCUAACCACCAGACCCCACCACCAGGAACAGAAUCCAGGAGUCCUGACACCCAGCCCCUCCCACCACUCUCAUCCACUAGGCCCUGCUCCCUUCCCACAGCCAGGAAUAGAACCCAGGAGUCCUGGUGCCCCCAGCAGCAGCCAAGCUCUGUGCCCAGGGCCAGCCCUGGCUGCCUGUCACAUGGCCGGGGAGGUGUCACUACAGCUGCUGACGUGGGCCUGUGCUGUCCCAGGACCCUCCUCCUUUGGCAGCCGCUGCUGAGAAGCUGCCAGCAAAGUUGCAGGAGGUACCGCAGUGAGGGGAGCGACUGGACAGUGAGCGGCCAGAAGUGGCAGCCCUAGGACGAGGCCCCAGGCUUCCCAAUGCCCACGAGGGGGGCACGCGAUUGGUAAGAGGGAGAAGGAGGAAAAUCCAGGUCCUGCAGGCCACCCCAUGGCAGCGCCCCGGCGGUGAUGACGGUGCUGGGCCCCGGCUGGGCUGGGCUGGCGGCGCACACAGAGCGGCCAGCCGCUCUCCCCCUCGCUGAGAUGCUGUCAGGGCGGUGGCGGCUGGAAGGCCGGUCCUGGCGCCGGGCCGGCCCCUCGCCAGGCUCCUCGGCCGUGGCGCUGCGAGCCCUCUACGACUACCAGUACGAGGCGGAGGACGGGCGCCAGGUGGCCAUCGCGGAGGGCGAGCGCUUCCUGCUGCUGCGCAAGUCCAACGAGGACUGGUGGCAGGUGCGGCGGCUCAGCGAUCCCCGGAGGGCACGGCCCAUCUUCGUGCCGGCCACCUACGUGGCAGAGGUGGCCCCACAUGUGCAGGGUGGCCCAUGGCUGAGCGCCACGCUGCUCGCAGCCACUGGCACCGGGCAGCACCUGUCCCCGGGCCUGCAGCCGCGGUACCGAUCCCUCCAGGACCUGUCCAGCCCCCCAGCCCGGCCUGCCGAGCCCGGCCACCACUCCUGCCACAGCCUGAGCCUGCCAGCCUGGGACCCCGGCCCCCAGCUCGGCCCGGCCCACCCCGUCAGCAGGAGCGUCAGCGCCGCCGGCCUGGCCCAGAGCCCCGGCAGGGACGCGCUGGCCCCCAGAUGCCAGCAGGAGCGGUGCCCGGAGCCGGUGGGGCAGGGGGUCAGCCCCCCUGGAGUUCCACCCCCUGGAGCCACCAUGGAGGAGCCCCCCAUUUACUGCAACCUGGAGGAGAUCAAGCGGGUGAGGGGGGAGCCCCCCAACCCCAGCGGCCCCCCGCUGCAGGUGCUGGACACCUGGGAGCGCCACCUUGACCCCAGCACCGGCCGCAGCUACUUCUACAACCCGGAGACAGGCGACAAGUCUUGGAAACCUCCGAGGCGCCACCGGGAGAUGAGUUUGCUCCCCGUGGAGGCCCUGAGCCCCGAGUCCCCGGCCGCCGCUGACCCGGGGGAGACGCUGGCGCAGGGCGGGGGCAGUGUUCGGGCCGCCCGGCUCGGCUACACCAAAUCCAUGAUCUUGCCAGAGUCCCGCGUGCCCAAGGUGUCUCACCGCAGGAAUCGCUCCCAGCACAACUUUGAGGAUUGGGUGGGGACCGGUCCCCCCUCCACCUGCCCUGGGGGCUCCCCCCCUCACCCCUCCGACUUACCCCAUGAAGUGGAGAAGGCCGGGCAGCUGAACAAAACCAAGAUUGCAGAGGGUGGCCGGAAACUCAGGAAGAGCUGGGGUGUCUCCUGGGUGGUGCUGGCUGGGAACAGCCUCGUCUUCUACAAGGAUCUCAAGGGCCCGGCCCCGGCCAGCUGGAGACCCGCCAGCAGCAGGCCUGAGAGCAGCGUGGACCUGCGGGGCGCCGUGCUGGAGCGGGCGCGAGACUUGUCCAGCAAGAAGAACGUCAUUCAUCUCCGCACAGUGACUGGCAACGAGUUCCUGCUGCAGUCGGACAGCGAGGCCGAGAUCCAGGACUGGCACCAGACUAUCAAGGGCGUCAUCCGUAGGCUGGACCGGGAGAACCCCCUGGACGAGCCGGGCUACGUGCUGCGCCGGGCGGGCAGCUCCGAGCUGGGGGAUCUGAGCGGGGACGAGGAGGACGAGGGGCUGAGGCCGAAGGACAGCUGGAAAUCCUCCGGCUCCCUCCGCAGCCCGGACAGCAGCGAGAGGAAGCGAGUCAAGAGCAAACUCAGGCGCUUCAUCGUCAAGCGGCCCCCGCUGCAGAGCCUGCAGGAGAAGGGGCUCAUCCGAGACCAGGUCUUCGGCUGCCGGCUGGACGCCCUGUGCCAGCGGGAGAACGACACGGUGCCCCGCUUCGUUCGGCUCUGCGUGGAGGCCGUGGAGAAGAGAGGCCUGGACGUGGACGGGAUCUACCGGGUGAGCGGGAACCUGGCCGUGAUCCAGAAGCUGCGCUUUGCCGUCGACCGGGAGCGGGCAGUGACCUCGGACGGGCGCUACGUCUUCCCGGAGCAGCCGUGCCAAGAGGAGCGGCUGAGCCUGGCUGACCCCGAGUGGGACGACGUCCACGUUGUGACCGGCGCCCUCAAGCUCUUCUUCCGCGAGCUGCCCGAGCCCCUGGUGCCCUUCGCCCUCUUCGACGCCUUCGUGGCCGCCGUCAAGCUCCCGGCCUACGGCGAGCGGGUGCAGCGCCUGGCCGAGCUGGUCCAGAGCCUGCCCCCGCCCAACUACGCCACCCUGCGCUACAUCCUGCGCCACCUCCGCAAGGUGAUGGAGUACGCCGACGCUAACCGCAUGACCCGGCAGAACAUCGGCAUCGUCUUCGGCCCCACGCUGCUGCGGCCCGAGAAGGAGCUGGCCAGCAUGGCCGUGGACAUGGUCCACCAGAACCAGGCCGUGGAGCUGCUGCUCGCCGAGUUCCAGCGCAUCUUCCCGGCCCCCGGCCCCAGCUGAGCCCCCCAGCCCUGCCCCGGACCAGGGCCAGCGCCGCCGCCUGGAACACGCCGGCCCCGGCGCCAGCUGAGCCCCCCACCCCAGACCAGGGCCAGCGCCGCCGCCUGGAACACGCCGGCCCCGGCGCCAGCUGAGCCCCCCACCCCGGACCAGGGCCAGCGCCGCCACCUGGAACACGCCGGCCUCGGCGCCAGCCAAGGACAAUGGCCCUGGGGCCCCGGCCUGCCCCCGGGCUUCGGACAAUGGAGCCCCUCCCUUGGGCCAUACGCCGGGUGGGCGCCGGUGCCCCAUUCCCCGCCCCCCGAGCCAGCCUGUGCCCGGCGCCCUCUGCCCUGCCGGGUCUGUCGUGCCCAGGGCACCGUCUGUCUGGACUCUCGAGCCCGGAGCCGGGCAGUAAA